AGCCCUAUCGGCUCGAAAAUAUCGGCGGCUCUGGCGCCCUGCCCGCUCACGGGGCGGACAGUUGCGCGCUUGGCCGCCAGGUCGUGGCAGGCAUGGACGGGCUCCGACAGGGCUUGGCCCUGAGCGGGAAGGGGGAUCAGAACUCCGACGAUCCCACCGCUCACGUUCUCAGCAUGCUGGAGGAGAGCAUGGUCCAUCUCGAGCAGCUGCAGGAGGAGAAGAUCCGCAUGCGGCAGGAGCACCUCGAGGAGAAGGCACUGCUGGAGGAGGAGAUGGAGAAGGCCGUCGACGAGUGCCUGGAGCAGAAAAGGCAGUUCGAGCUCGAGUUAAGGGAGAAGGCAACACAGCUGGAAGCACUCCGUGAGGAAUGCGAGCAGCUUGUCAGGCAGAAGCAGGAAUUCGACGCCGAGCGUCAGACGAUGGAGGCUGAGAGGGCAGAGCUGAGGAAGAGCCUGGACACCUUCCGUGCGGAUAGCGAGCGCAAGAUGGCGGAGGAAGAGGCCGCUAUGAGGCGCAAGAUGCAGGAGUUGCACGCUGAGUGCGAGCGCAAGGUUGCGGAGGAGAAGGCUGCUGCGGAGAGGAUGUUGACUCAGGGACGGCAGCAUACCGAGGAGCAGUUGCGGAAAGAGCGGGCCGUCACCGACAGCAUCCUAACCGUGCUGAAGGAGUUGCCCCCGUUGCAGGCGGCAAUGGAGUUGGGCGAUCUCAGUCUCUUGGACACCGAGCUGAGGAAGUGGAAGCAGCGGGACUACUCGCACUUCGGCGAGAGCAGGGGUGUGGUUGAGGCCGUAGUGAAGCUGGCACAGGAGCGGCUGCUCUCUUGGCGAGGAGUGGAGCACACUUUGAAGGACGUGUUGAGGGAGGUCGAGCGCCUGCCUGGCACCCUCCCGACCCUCACGCAGCAUAGCCAGCGCAUCUUCCGGGCGCUCAAGGAGGCGCAGCUUACGAAGAUGGACAUCCGCAGGAGUGACCAGAAAGCCCUGGAGCGCAUCAGCGAGGUCAUAUUGGCCUGGCAGGCCAAGGCGAUGGCCCACUGCAACGGUGUUCAGAAGCUGAUUGUACAGAAGGUAGUGAAAUGCCCUCGCCUGGGGCACUUCGACUUCACAGAUCUGGACAUAUGCCUUCGACUGGUCGACCGCUGCGAGAGUUCAGACAGUGUGUUCCUUUCGCGUGCGCAGGCGAUCAUCGAAGAUGCGUCAACAGAGCCAAAGGAUAUGCGCGGAUUGCUGUCACACGUGGAGACGAUGCUGUUCUUCCUGAAGUAUGCUGCUAUGGAAGAUUUGCGAUUGACCCAUGUGGAAUUCAGGAAGCAGGCCAAGGCGCUGGAGCCCACCGUCGCUGGUUACCUCGCAUCGGCCGAGCGCGAGUACCCUCCUGGGAGGGAGCUGGUGCGCAUGUCGGCGGGACGAGGUCUCAUGGACACCAAGGACGUGGAGACCGUCCUUGAAGAGCUUCGGAAUCCGCCGUCGUCCGCUUUUUCAAGGAUGUUCAGAACUGACGGUCUUGGGCCUUUCAGGGAGAUAUUCUACCAGUGGGCCCGGGCGAUGCACAGCAGGUUCGAUCUUCUGGUCUUGCCGCAUCACACGCAGGUGGUUACCCUUCUGGCGUUCAAGUGUUUCUUGGAGGCCGAACGCACCAAGCAGACCCCGCACACGCUGAUCGCCCAGGUGGGCACCGGCGAGGGAAAGUCUAUGAUCGUGGCCGCUUUGGCCAUUUACGUCGUCGUCGUGCUUGGCAAGAAGGUGCAUGUCGUGGUCGACGACGAGACUCUUCUGGAGCGAGACUUUUCGACCUUCAAGAGUCUGUUCGACAACUUCGAGGUGCCCGCCAAAGCUGGGCUGCCCAAGCGGCCGCUGUCUUCUGCCCUCUGCGUUUCCGAGGACAAGGCUUCCACCAAUAGAAACGACAAGAGCCUCGUCGUGCGCCUGGAUCCCGAGGCAGAUAUCUGUUACUGCGAGGCGAAGCAUGUGCAGUCAUUCUACGCCAGUAUCGCGCGGGGCUCCGACGCAAACUUCGACGAAUACAAGGAUCGCGUGCUCAUCUUGGACGAAGUCGACGCUCUGGUCAUCGAUGAGGAGCCCAACGAGGCGUUCGUGUACCCAAAUGCGGAACUGAGCGAAAUGGCAACCUCCAUCGCAGGCUCUCUGGCGCGGAAUACCACAGUCGAGGAGCUCCGCGCCGUCCAUUCGCAUUCUUGUCCGGCUGGAGCUCGGGUCUGCAGCGAGAUGGCGAAGGAGUGGCAUCGUGGUGCUCAGAUGACGCCUGGUGAGGACUGCGUUUUCGUGAAGGACUUGGGCAAGUACUGCGCCCUCCAGUCUGGCCGCGCUAACCCUAAAGCUUGGUCCUUGGCACUCGAGUGCCGCAACUUCCAGGACGGCUUUAGUCGAGACAUUUUGUUCCAGGAGCGGCUAUUUGUGAUGUCAAGGCCGCGGGUGUUCAGGAAAUAUAGCUGUAUACUAGGCUUGAGCGGGUCUAUUGGGAGCCAGCCCGAGCGCGAUUUUCUCCGGGACACGUACAGGGCGUCCUUCUUCGAGGUGCCGCCUUUCCUGAAGACUUGCCGCGGCUCGCCUUUCCACGAGGCCGUCCCGGCGAGCCUCGGGGACCAGCGGAGGGCUGUCUACGUCGAGGCCAGCCAAGAGAGCCAGAUCGUACGCCUCAUCGAGGUGGCCUUCGACGCGAGAGAGCGCGUCCCCGUCCUGGUUGUGGCGAAGGACCGCGUCAUCGCCGACAUCAUGGUGGACCGGCUCCGCCAGGGCGCUCGCUCGCGCGGGCUGGGCUCGGCCAGCGAGGACGUGGUGCGGCUGCUGUCUCGGACGCUCUACGAGGCCGACCCGGAGCAGUGGAAGGAGAACCUGAACAGGGCGACCAUGCCCGUGGGGGACGCGACCGUCGGCAGCAAGACCUGGAGAAUCACGGUGACGGACCCUCGCGGUGGCCGCGGCACGGACUACCGGGUGGACGAUUCGGGCGUGGAUGCGCAGGGGGGCCUGCUGCUCAUACCGACCAUUGUGCCGCCUUCCCGGCGGGACUGGACGCAGUUUCUGGGUCGCACUGCUCGUCAGGAUCGGCGGGGGCAGUUCUGCUGCAUCCUGAACGCGACCGACUACGCGGGCCUUAGCGAGAAGUACCGAGAGGCCCUGCCUGCCAGUGGCUCCGCGGAAGCGGUAGGCACGAUCCUCGGGUGGGGCGACCAGGAGGUUGCGGGCCGCAUCAGGGACUCCGCCGCACUUUACAACACGGGAGUCCGCGUCAACGAGCUGUGCGAGGAGGUGUUUUCCAAGGCCUCGCAGCUCUUGUCGGACCCCAUCGCCAGGGAGCGCCUGGUAGACAUUUGCCAGCGCCACCGGUGGAUGAGCGUCCAAGAGGUGACAGAGGCUUUCGCUCGACUGCCUGGGCUGGACGUGGCAGCUAUUCCGACCGAAGCGCACGACAUGGGACGCCCUCAGGAGCCUCCUACGCCACAGGUGCUUCCAGCUACGCAUGGAGGUAGCUCUCUGGCGCUGGCUGGCACCGCAGCAGUGACCUCGAUGUCGCCAGCUGCUCCGAAGGUUGUGGUCUUCUGCCUGGACUGGAGCGCCUCCAUGAUGUCGCGGGACACGAGGACCCCGCUGUCGCGCUUCGAGAUGUGCCAGCAGAGCGUGCAGCGGAUCCUGAACGACCAGGUGCGCGACUGCGACUUCGUGAGCGUCGUCGGCUUCGGGCCGAGCGUGCAGACGGUGAUCCCCCCCACGGCGAAGGGGGCGAGCGCCCAAGCCAUCCACGCCCGCAUCGCCAGCCUCCGGCCGCAGGCCUCGGGCGGCACGUGCUUCUACGACGCGGUGGUCACCUCCCUGCAGCUGCUGGGCCAACCGGGCCUGGCUCCUGCGGAGGGCAUGCGCUGGCUCGUCUGCCUGACGGACGGCGACGAUCUCGGGAGCCAGCGGGGCAACCAGAGCGGGGAGAUGGUCGACCACACCCUGAGCACGCGCGCCCCCGCAAACCUGAACAUGGUGAUGAUAACGGUCGGUCCACUGAAGGAGCAGAACCUGCGCAGAAUGGACUCGUGGGUGAACCGCAUCACCGAGAGCGGCGGGCAGGGCAUGCGCAUCUCGGAGAAGGACGCCGUCAACAUCACAAAGGCGUUCGAUGUGGUGGCGGAGUUCUUGGCCGCGGACGUAGGUGGCGCAAUGGAAUGCUGAGGUCGAGGCUCCGGAUGUUCGAUUCGCGCAGAGGGGCGGAGGAGGGGAGGCGAUGACCUCGGCGACGGUCAGAAGCUCGCGCGGGCUAAAUCGAGGCCGCCCGCGCAGCAGAGUGCAUCACACGGUGUUUGAAGUAGUGGCUCGAAGCGUGGGAGAUGCCAGCGCGAGACUACGUGAGGUCCCCGCCGCCUCAGUCCAGACGUUUGAAGCUGGUGAGGCACAGGGACGCCCCACUCGCCAGCCUGCUCUGAGGGUGGUGCGGAGGCGCCCCCGGUCGCCCAGGUCUGCGUCACGUGCCGAGAGCACACGCACCACACGCACGUGCGGGUUCCUGGGGGCAGGGUCGGGCUGUCCAAGGCGGGAGCUCCCAGCCGCCAAACUCGUGCGGCCAAGCGGGAUCAUGAGGAUCACUAGCUUUCCCAAGGGCACCCGCUCCUCCUUGCCUCUUCGGCCCACGCUUAAGCAGCCACGAUUGCUGGCCAAUGUCGUGUCAACAUCUUCAGCUUGGGCGUCGCAUGUGUGCCAAGCAGCGCCCCA